AUGUCUUCCCAACAACUGGUUUGGCUCAUAACGGGGACUUCGUCCGGCCUCGGGCGUGAACUCGUCAUCGCCGCCCUAGAGCGCGGUGAGAAAGUCAUCGCCACAGUGCGUGGACGCUCGUUAUCCCAGAUUGGUGACCUCAAGGCCCUUGGUGCAGACGUAUUGGAGUUGGACGUAACUGCACCCUUGGAAGAACUGCAUACCGUCGCGAAGAAGGCCGUCGCUAUCUAUGGUAGAAUCGAUGUGGUCGUCAAUAACGCUGGAUAUGCUUUAUUACAGUCCGUUGAAGAGGCAACACCCCAAGAGACCUUGAAUCAAUUGAACACCAAUGUCUUUGGUCCUCUCAACGUAGCGCGAGCUUUCCUUCCGUAUAUGCGUGAACGACAUGUAGGAACUUUCGUAUUUCUAGGCUCUAUAGGUUCUUGGACCCCACAGGCUUUCUCCGGCCUGUACAAUGGGUCAAAAUUCGCAGUCAGAGGCAUAUCCGAGUCCCUUCAUCAGGAGAUCGCACCUUUGGGUCUUCGUAGUAUAUGUUUCGACUUCGGGUUCUUCCGCACCAACUUUCUCUCUCCUGGACAUCGCAUCCUGGGAAAGGCCGAUAUAGUGGGGUACCAGGAGGUAGCGCACGGGGCAGAGGCGUUUUGUCAAGCUUACGACAGACAACAACCGGGAGACCCGAAAAAGGGUGUGCGAGUUGUCCUUGAUGUCGUGAGAGGUGAGGGUGUAGCAGAAGGCAAAGCAUUCCCAACGAAUUUGCUCUUGGGAAGUGAUUGUCGGCGUGCUGUUCAGGAUGUCAUUCAGAAAGCAGUGGAUUCACAGGAAGAGUGGAAUGACAUCACUAUCAGUACUGAUAUUUAA